AUGGAGGACAGCCGGGAAAGGAGUCUGGGGACCAGGAGCGAUGAAGCAGGGUCUGGCCUGGGUCGCCCUGGCCCCUCUCUCUUUCUCCAGCUACCGAGCAACCAGACCCUGCGUUUCCGUGGCAACAAGGCAGAGGCCUGGGGAGCAGCUGUGGAGGGGGCAGCGGAGCCCUUGGCGGAUGAUCCCCAGGAACAGGCGCCACCUUAUGCGGAGGGGGAGGAAGAGGAAGACAGAAAACCUCUGAGAGAGCUGCCCCUCUGCCUUGAGGAAAAACGGAGGCUCAGGGUUCUGCAGGAGCAGGCAGCCAGCAGGCUGAGCGGUUGGCAGCUCUGGCGCGCGGGGAAAAGACGGACGCUACGCCACUUCAAGAGCCAGGCGGGUGCAGUGAUGUCAUAUGCUGUGAUGUGGAAGAGCACACUGCGCCACAUUGAAGGCCACUUUGGAACAGGGAUCGAGUCGUAUUUCAGCUUCCUACGGUUCUUGGUCCUGAUGAACUUUGUUGCCUCCUUACUGGUGGUGGGAUUUGUGGUCGCUCCUAAUGCGGCAUUUGAGGCCCUCCACCUCAAUUGGACAAGUCGAAGCAGCAACACCUCAGUGAAUGCCUCUUGUCUGCGUUACAACCCCUCCGUCUAUGGCUUGGUCAGCUACUUUACCUAUAUCAUGGAUCUUCUGUCAGGCAAGGGUUUCAUGGAACUCACCUAUCUGUUCUACGGCAAAUACCAAAAUUCGGCAGUCGAGUUUGUCAGCUUCUCAUACAACGUCCCCCUCGCCUAUCUUCUCACAGCAUUCUUCUACCUCCUCUUCUGUCUGAUAUGGAUUGUACGGAGGUCGGUCUAUUGGCUCAAACGCAGCUUGGUUAGUGAAGACGCCUCCCUUGGAUCCUACAGUAACAAAGUUUUUGCUGGCUGGGAUUUCGGCCUGAUGCAGCCCAGUGCAGUGCAGUUAAGACACAAGAGUAUUCGCUAUGAACUGCGGAUGGAUCUCGAGGAGGAGAUGUUCCGCAGGCGCCUGGCAGAGCAGACCACAAAACAACGAGCCACUCUCUACCUCCUCCGAGGCUUGCUCAACGUUCUGGUUUUAGGCCUGUUGGCUGGAGGCUUUUUCUGCAUCUACUUGGCGGCCGAGUAUUCCCAGCGGCUUGUGGGAUCGGACAACUCUCCAGUCAAAGGUCAAACUCUCUUGGAGCUGUUGGCAGCUUAUCUCCCGUCUAUUGUUAUCACAGUUGCAAACCUCCUCAUCCCAAUGAUUUUUGGGGUCAUUGUACACCUAGAGAAAUACCCACUCAGCUUUGAAAUCAAAAUCACUCUUCUCAGGAAUGUCUUCCUCCGCCUUGCAAGCCUGGUGGUUCUUCUUAUUUCACUUUGGUCCCAGAUCACUUGCAGCAGGGACCUGCAACAUUCAGACUGCAAGGACUGUGGAUACAGCCGCCUAUUCCUGUGCUGGGAGACUUCAGUGGGGCAGGAAAUGUACAAACUGUUGAUCUUUGACCUGCUGAUCAUGUUGCUCGUGGUGGUGUUUGUGGAAUUUCCAAGAAAGAUGCUGGUGACAUAUUUACCCUCCUGCCCAUUAGUAAAAUUAUGGGGGCAGCAAGAGUUCAUGGUGCCUUCCAAUGUCCUGGAUCUGGUGUACGGACAGACCUUGUGCUGGACGGGCGCUCUCUUCUGCCCCCUGCUGCCUGUACUCAACACUCUAAAAUAUAUUGUGGUCUUCUACCUGAAAAAGCUAACCCUCUAUGCCAACUGCCAGCCGGCCGAACGGACAUUUCGGGCCUCCAGCUCCAAUUUCUUUUUCCUGUUGGUUUUGCUCUUGGGUCUGACUAUUUCUUGUGUCCCGGCCUUAUACAGCAUGUUUGCUAUGUCCCCUUCAAAAGCCUGUGGCCCAUUUCGAGGUGAGCCCACCAUGUGGAACACAGUCUCCAGUGCUAUUUCUGAGCUGCCCCCUACUGCCCAGGAAUUCCUGGAGUUUGUAGGCUCUCUGGCCUUUGCGGUGCCCUUGUUCCUGUUGCUGAGCAUCGUCAUGUUCUACCUUGUGGCGCUCGCUGGCUCGUACAGCACCAUGGUCAAAGGUCUGAAAGCGCAGCUCCAGCUGGAGGGUCAGGACAAGCUUUUCUUAGUGAAGCAGAUCUCUGAGUUGAGCCAAUGAAGCAGAAGAAUGGAUGACAAGA